AUGGACUCCGCGGACAUCGACGGCUAUACGGGUCCGUGGAUUCAGUUCGAGAACGAGUCGAAGAGCGCCAAACCAUCGGCCGAAGAGAUGGAAGAGAUCGAGGCUUUUAUGGCCAAAAAGAAACGCUUCGGGAAGAAGACCGAGAAGGAGGAGAUAGAGGAGAGGGCGACCAUUCAUAUCGAGGACGUGUAUGACUAUCAGGGCCGCUCUUUCCUCCACUGUCCGCACGACCUCGACGUCAGUCUCAAAGCUGACUACACGCCCAACAAGUGCUUCCUCCCCAAGAGAGUGAUCCACACCUACACCGGCCACUCGAAGGCCUUGACAGCCAUUCGAUGGUUCCCUCGUUCGGCGCAUCUCUUCCUCUCGUGUUCGAUGGACUCGAAGAUUAAGUUAUGGGAAGUCUAUAAAGAGAGGCGAUGUGUCAUCACAUACUUGGGUCACAAACAGGCCGUUCGCGACAUUAACUUCAAUCGCAAAGGCGAUCGUUUCAUAUCAUGCGGUUAUGACCGGUAUAUGAAGUUAUGGGACACCGAAACGGGUCAGUGCAUCAAGAGGUUCACCAACCGGAAGGUCGCCUAUUGUGUCAAAUUCAACACCGAU